UGGUGGGGUUGAUGAGACGCGAGCCGGGGGAUUAGUCUACAACCGCCUUGGAUUUCCAAUGUAUGGUACCGAUACCGUACCGUACUGUACCGGCACUCCACUCGAGUAGACAUCUCGUGUCGAUAUAACUAUUGGGGGCGCCUGUGCAGUACCGUAGGGUACCGGUACAGUACUGUACAGUACUCUACACAUGCCCAAACUCAGCUCGAGAUGCCCCCAGCCAACCGCUCAAGUCGCUCAAGUCUCAGCCCGCGCUCCGGAAACGGGGAUUCGAUCAGCUACAUUCGGUUCGGUCGAUCCCAAUUUUGGGCAAGGAAACUCUCCACUCGCAUCUUUUCUUCCCUUCCCUGAGGCCCUUUCCCCUAUCGGGAUGUUAUCACGAUUAUUCGCUUUGUUGUUUCAAACACCUGCUUUCAGGGGAAGCGGCGGGAGUGCAGGUUGAAGCGGUUGCCACCAACAACGGGGAGUUCAACAACAGCGAACGAAGCUCCUCUUCCUCACCUUGAUUCGCCCACCCUCCCCUCUUAAACCAUCACCGCUGCCCCGAAAGAAAAGAAAAGAAAAGGGAAUACCCCUUCUUAUAGAGAAACGCCUGUCGACGUGAAAAGGAAAAGAUGGCCCAACAGCAGUGGAUUGUUACGCAGGAUAAGACGUUCAGGAAGUGGUGAGUCGGUGAUUCUCUGCGUCCCUCUCCCGUGAGCCUCGCGCCUCCCCGUCCGCCAUCUCCCCCACUACCCAACCUAGGGGAGGCGUCGGCGCGGUAUGAGACGUGCUGCUGGUUAUGCUAACAUCAAGGACAAAAAUAGGCUCAACACAAAGCUAUCUGCUCGAAACAUCCCCCCCGCGCAAUCUUUGCAAAAGGACCUAGCUACUGGAGUACUACUUUCCCCUACCACCCUUGACACCGUGGCUAUCGCUAACGGUAGAUGGUCUGAAGGUACUAUUGAUCCAUCUCCUCGAAAUUCUCGGCAAUGAGUCUCUAGGAAAAUAUGCGUCCAACCCACGGUUACGGGUUCAAAAAUGCGAGAAUGUUCACAAAGCUCUCGAAUAUAUCCGCGGCAGAGGGAUCCAGCUGUUUAACAUCGGAGCGGAAGACAUAGUAGAUGGAAAUCUGAAACUUAUUUUGGGUUUACUGUGGACCCUGAUUUUAAGAUUUACCAUCGCCGACAUCAAGUGAGCGCCCAUACAAUUGACCGAGAGUCGAAGCUGCUAACACGAAUUAGCGCAGAAGGCUUGACCGCUAAGGAGGGCUUACUGCUUUGGUGUAAGCGCAAGACUGCGUGCUACGAGGAAAUCGAUAUAACCGAUUUCUCCACGAGCUGGAACAAUGGCCUAGCAUUGUGGGUCCGACCCUGCUUCUGCGGAAUCCCCGAUUACUCACGUAACAUGAAAAUUUAGCUGUGCUCUCUUAGAUUUCCACCGACCAGAUCUAAUCGAUUACUAUGCUCUUGACAAAUCAGAUCACAAAGGCAAUACAGCGUUGGCAUUCAAAAUUGCCACGGAGGAGAUUGGAAUUCCUGCAUUGCUCGAUGUGGAGGAUGUGUGUGAUGUGGCAAAGCCUGAUGAGCGCAGUUUGGUGACAUAUAUCGCCUACUGGUUCCAUGCCUUUUCGCAGCUCGAGAGAAUUGAGACGGCCGGAAGAAGGGUGGAGAAGUUUGUGGAAGUAAUGCAGGGAGCUUGGGAAAUGCAGCACAGCUAUGAAAGGAGAAUGGCAGAGGUUUGCCUCCGAAAUGAUCCUUUAGAUUAUCUGGCGCUAAUAUUUUGGUUUACGGGACACCAGUUGCUGCGGCAAAUGUGCGAGAUGAAACAGCAAUGGUCCACAGCUACCUUCGUCGGGACAUAUGUCGACGCUAAGCAACAAUCCCAGCAAUUUUCUUCAUAUAAGCGUACUCUAAAGCGAGCAUGGGUGGCCGAGAAAGCAGAUCUCGUCUCUUUAUUGGGAAAUAUUAAGACGAAACUUACCACAUACCGACUGAAGGACUACGAGCCACCGGCUCACUUGAGUCUAGCCAAUCUGGAUCUAGAAUGGAAGAAACUGCUACAAGACGAGAACAAACGGAGCAUCGUGAUCAACGAAAAGAUUCGAGAGUAAGUACGACUCUGGUCAGUGGCAUAAUGAACUGAAUGGUCCUAACUUGACGGAUUUUAGUAUCAAGGAGGGGUUGAGACGGUCAUUCGCAGAUGCGGCCAAUGAGUUUGCCUUAUGCCUGAACACCGUUUCACUGCAGAUCAGUGAGCUAGACGGGGAUCCUGAGGUAUGUGCGGCUGCUGUGAGAAAACGUUUCAUGGUUGUGGUUGAGGUUAAUGUGCCUAUAGCACCAAUUGCGCAUCGUGCGAACAUUGCAUCGAAACAUAAUACCAUUGGAACUGGAGCUGGACAGAAUCGAGAAGCUCUCGGACGAUUGUGAAGAGGCCAAUAUCGAAGAAAAUGACUACACCGUUUACUCCUAUGAUGAGCUCGAGUAUGAGUAUGGGCUUGCGAAGGAGAGUGUGGCAAAGAAGUUGAGCUUUUUGGACAACCAAGUAGGUUCCCGUUCCCCGGGGGCCCUCUCAUCGGGAGGCCGGAAAGCUAAUCAAUGAGAUAGAUUGUAGCAAGAAGCAUGACCAACCUGACCCCAAUCCAGCUGGAGGAAUUUGAAUCGGUCUUCCGUCACUUUGACCGCGACCUCUCCAACUCGCUACAAGAAAUAGAAUUCUCAGCGGCCUUGGCAUCACUCGGAUUGGUAUAUGACGAGGAGGAGAUGCACGAAGUCUUCAAAGCAGUAUCUGCCAGAGGCCGCAGUGUAACUUUCGAGCAGUUCAUCAGGUUCAUGGUUGAGGUUACUGAGGACCAGAACAGCGCCGAACAGGUGUAUCAGAGCUUUAAGGAAGUGGCGGAUGGAAAGCCUUAUGUCACUGAAUUUGAUUUGAGACACAGCUUGGUUCCGGAUGGCAUGAUUGAGGAACUGGUUUCGACGAUGCCGAAGGUCCGGGCAGAAGACGGUGAAGUGGGAUUCGAUUACGAAAAGUACAUGGAGCGCCUGAUGGGGAAAGAGCUGGAUACCAACGGAGUACACCAUUGAGCUCUCUCCAUAAAUGUCCGAGUAAUAACCUAUGACACCCAGUUGCUUGCGGUAUUUCACGAUUGCUUCUUUUCUCUUAUUUCGUCUAAGCUUCCCUUUUAUUCCUCUUUCGUCCGUCCCUCUUUCCUUCCCCCGCUGGUAGGGGUAAGCACAGCGUGGGGAAGGAAGGGGUCAGGUUGGAGCCUGGUCAACCAAGUUUUUCACACCCUUUUUCACCGUCGAGCCGCACGGCUUGGGGGCCGGUUCGUGUCCCCUUUCCAAAAUGUGUAUCGAGUAUUGUAGUGUAUCAUAAUUAUCACCCUCUUCUCUUCCUCUUCCUCUCUAAUAUUUCUCGGCCAUUUUGCAAAGUGGGAAGUGAUAUCAAUUGCAAACUCGGGUAAAAGAAAUACAACGUUUCUUGAACCUUUUCAAAUGUUUGCUUGUAUUGCGAUGUAUUAGUCUACUGCAGGUGGCAGCCUAACUGCUGAUACCGGCAGGUUAUGGUGCUGUACAGUACUGUGCGCAUCCACAAGACAGGCGA